GGUGAAACUAAGGGGUGGAGAGAUGUAUUUAGGAAGUGACAGAUUCAAGGAUCUCACUAAAAGCCGUGUAGCUUUGAGUCAUAAACGAACACAACAACAACCAACCUGAAUUUUUACGGAUUAUUAUUAUUAUUUUUUGCUAUUAUUUUUAACAGAGUGACCAUGGGUCAGACGCUCGACACCUUACACGCCGAACGUUCCCCAGUGUCAGGUGAUGCUCCGGUCGUCACCGCGACAGAUGUCUCUGGGCUGUAUCCAGACAGAGCGACGAUGGCCCCAUUGCCGGCUCACAGUGUGACGCCACCAAGCGUGCCAACAACACAGGAGAAGUGUUACGACCCUCAUGACAAAACACUUAGAUUUGUCGAUGGAGAGGAUGAUUUGGACUUCUUGUAUGAAGACUUCAAAUCUCUCAGAGCUCAGAUGUCCUGUGGUCACGCUGUGACCCCGACCUCUCUCACCAACUGGUGUCGCAGGUUGUUGGAGCAGGGUGAAAGCAGGUUUGUGUGUGGUGGGUCUGGUUGUGGUGCUGAGUGGACUUUUGCAGAGGUUUGUAAAAUGGCUCUUCUGGACCCUCAAGAAAAAGAGUACUUUCAAAAAAACAUGGAAUUUAACGCUUCCAGGCAGACACUUACUACUAAGUUGUGUCCUGGAUGCAGAUCCACUGUGACGAGAGAGAAUGGAUCAGAUUUGAAUGUCCUCUGUAAAGUGUGCACAGCAGUAAAAGGACGGCCGUUUGAAUUCUGCUGGCAGUGUUUGAGGGAAUGGAAGGGUGCACGGCCUCGGAAAGACCGCUGUGGAAAUCGUGGCUGCUGCAACCCAUCACUAGAAACAUUAAAGAAAUGCCCAGAUAUCACAUUGUGUCAGUAUGUGUAUGACGAUGAGUAUGAGUCCGAGUAUGAGGAUGAGUAUGGAAUCCGUGUUUGUCCCUCGGUCCGUGCCUGUCCCACCUGUGGUUUGCUGUUGGAGCACAGCACAGAGGCUUGCCCAUCAGUUGAUUGCCCUCGAUGUAAUGUGACAUUUUGUUUUGUGUGUCUGAAACACUCUGGUGAAUGUUUGACCAGUUGCAUUCCUGCCCCCAGACAGACGUCUAUACCUGUGUGGAAGAAAUAAUGGGAAAGAAACAAGGCUGAUAAGUUUCACUUUCUUUUAUUGAAAGUGCCUUUUCUAAAUGAAUUCACUAUGCUGUGUUUUAAUAACAUCACAUAAUAAAUAAAAAUUGUUGUGUUUUAUUACUGAGAAAUUUACUACCAGAUGUGAUCUAUACAGUUGUGUCAUGUCUGAAGUCUAAUGAUAUAUCUGAAAAAUGUUGUUCAUUUAUAAACUUAGAAUAAGAUUAAACAUUCUGUGUGCA